UUCGUCCCCUGAAUUCGCAUUGCCCAUAGACCCUUGGUACCACUUUGAUAUGAUAUUGUCAUCUGAUGUCCCCCUCGGAGAGCAAUUUUCAAAACCCUGCCUCACCAAAAAACUGCGCUGAUAGCCGCGUUGCGUUCCCUUGUUGCAACGAAGACACCUGCAUCCUGCUUCCAAGCCGGAAGACCUCUCCUCCGCAGUAUGGCAGCAACAAGUAGUGUGACGCGGUAUUGGGCGAUGACAAUCAUCGUGUUAUGCCUUUUGUAUUGGACGAUCCGACUAUCGCCGCGAGACCUUUGGUCAGGAUCUGCUAUUAACGAAACGCUUCGAAUCACCCAGACACACAGGAGCAGACCAGACGUGGCCAGCACACUGCAGGAGCAAGUCACAGAGAAUGAGCAAGCUUCUGCAUCCGAACAGUAUCCCGUCCAAUUUCCCCGAAUUAUAUGGCAGACGGCAAGCGAGCAUGGCAAAGAGCAGUACGGUGAUAAAGCACAGACAUGGAAGGACAUUAAAGGAUUUCAGUAUAAUUUUCUGAGUGAUGAGGAUGCAGACAAAUUCGUUCACGACGCCUUCGCAUCAAGGCCAGCCAUCGUUCGAUUCUGGGAGGAUCUCGGUUUGCCAGUAUUAAGGGCAGAUUUUCUUAGAUACCUCACGAUGUUGGCGAUCGGCGGUGUUUACAGCGAUAUCGACACAUCUUGUCUGCUGCAUCCAGAUAAGUGGAUGCCCGCUGAUCUGGACGUUUCGUCAGUCAACGCCAUCAUUGGCAUCGAGUACGAUGACACCACCUACAAAAUGUUUGUGCGACCGAUUAGUUUCUGCCAAUGGACUUUGAUGGCAAAACCCGGUCAUCCCAUCUUCGAGACUGCUGUACAGCGGGUCAUGAGCAAUCUCGAAUUCCUGGCCCGGCGCCGAAGAGUGACGAUCGGAGAACUGGCUCCUGAUAAGAUGGAAGUUUUAGAGGCUACCGGCCCUGGGAUGAUAAGCGACGUCAUCCUCCAGGUUCUACAGGAUCAAGGCCAAAAUGUGACCUGGGAGACUUUCAAAGGCCAAAAAGAUUCAAAAUUGUUCGGCGACGUCCUGGUUCUGCCAAUCAACGGCUUUGCGGGAAGCCAAAAACACAGCCACGCUGGCGACCCUGACUAUGGACAAAAGUACGUUCAGCACCAUUUCGGCCGCAGCUGGUAUGAUCCAGCGCGUGCAGGUUAGUUUGUGCUAUGGCCGCCAACAAGAGGCACAUGCAUUUUUCAAGGACCCACACAGCGUUUGUCACCCUCAAAUACACCUUCAUACGCAGCUUUUGCAAGACUGCAGUGUUGGAGGCGGUUUAACUCCACCACAUGAGACCCUGCGACCUGCCAUUCACGCUCGUAUGGUGGUGAGGAGGAAAGCCUGCUGCUUGUACCAGCAGCUUUCUUUGAGGGGCAACAAUAGCAUGUCAGCGGAAGGCCAGUCCAGCAUCUCAAGUCGUUCGUUGCACCCAAUUUUUGGUUAGAUAAAACUCAAGCACAAAAAGGAAAAACAGCAAGGCUAUGUGAGCAGGCUAGAGCUACGUCUAUUUACCAAGCAAACACUACCAUGGCUGUCCACAUUGCAAAACCAAUUAGUGAUACAUGGACAGAAUAGGUCAAGGAUUGAGCGCCGCCAGUUGGGGAUGACGUGCCACCUGUUUCGGUGGAUGUGCCCGAAGAGGUUUCAGCAGCAUCACCUGACUCCUUGCCAUUCGCCGUUCCACCAGUGCCGUUGACAAUUCGAAUACGGCCGUCGAGCUCGAUAUCCACUGGACUUUGGGCUUGAACAUAGCGAGUGAGGACCUCGUCUUGAGUGUCGAGGGUGAUGAAAUCCGUGGUAGGUUCAAAGAAGUUGUCGCCGCCUAGGAGAAAUUAGUACAACCGACUGAGAGCCUCCCCAAUAGCUACUUAGACUUACCCCCUGCCAAAAAAUC